AUGAAUGCAUACCUUACUAAGCAACACAGCUGCUGCAGGGGGUCUGAUGGGAUGGAUGCUGGCAGAAGUUUGCCUUCAUUGAUGAGGGAUGCCCACUGCGCCUGUGGUUGGCAACAGAACCCUCAGGGGCUCUAUUAUAGUUCUCAGACUGUGCCCUCUUCAGGACCUGUGGGUCUGACCCAAAACAGGAGUAAGUGUAUUACUUUGUGGGACAGUGUGCGGAAGAGCCCCCAUAAAACUCUGGCUAAGACAAAGGGGACCACAGGGGAGUGGUGGUCAGAGUGCACCUGUCCCCAUGGCUGGUGCAACCCAGUACAGGCUAGUCCCGCCCCUAUAAUAGUCAACACAGACACCUUGGACACAAUUCCCUAUGUCAAUGGAACAGAAAUCGAAUAUGAAUUUGAAGAAAUUACAUUGGAGAGGGGUAAUUCUGGCCUGGGGUUCAGUAUUGCCGGAGGAACAGACAACCCUCAUAUUGGGGACGAUCCUGGGAUAUUUAUUACUAAGAUUAUACCAGGAGGAGCUGCAGCAGAGGAUGGAAGACUCAGGGUCAAUGAUUGUAUCUUGCGGGUGAAUGAGGCUGAUGUAUCAGAGGUCUCUCACAGCAAAGCAGUAGAAGCACUAAAAGAGGCUGGUUCUAUUGUGCGAUUGUAUGUUCGUCGAAGGAGACCUAUUCUGGAGACGGUUGUAGAAAUCCAAUUGUUCAAAGGCCCUAAAGGUCUGGGCUUCAGUAUUGCAGGAGGGGUGGGAAACCAACACAUUGCUGGAGACAACAGCAUUUAUGUGACUAAGAUUAUUGAUGGAGGAGCAGCACAAAAAGAUGGAAGGUUGCAAGUUGGAGACAGACUUCUUAUGGUAAAUAAUUACAGUUUAGAAGAAGUAACUCAUGAAGAGGCAGUAGCAAUAUUGAAGAACACAUCGGAUGUAGUUUAUCUAAAAGUUGGAAAGCCCACUACCAUUUACAUGACUGACCCUUAUGGCCCACCAGAUAUUACUCACUCUUAUUCUCCACCAAUGGAAAAUCAUAUACUCACUUCUGGCAACAAUGGCACUUUAGAGUACAAGGCGUCUUUGGCUCCUAUCUCACCAGGAAGAUACUCACCGAUUCCAAAGCACAUGCUUGUAGAGGACGACUAUACCAGGCCUCCUGAACCUGUUUACAGCACUGUGAACAAACUGUGUGAUAAACCACCUUCUCCUAGGCACUAUUCCCCUGUCGAGUGUGACAAAAGCUUCCUUCUUACAGCUCCCUAUCCCCACUAUCACAUAGGCCUGCUCCCUGACUCUGAGAUCACAAGUCAUUCCCAGCACAGCACUGCAACGCGUCCACCCACAAUGAGCUUACAACGAACCAUUUCUCUGGAAGGAGAGCCUCGGAAAGUCAUCCUUCACAAAGGCUCCACAGGACUUGGUUUUAACAUUGUGGGAGGAGAAGAUGGGGAAGGCAUUUUCAUAUCCUUCAUCCUAGCAGGUGGGCCAGCAGAUCUCAGUGGAGAGUUGCAGAGAGGAGAUCAACUUUUAUCUGUGAAUGGCAUUGAUCUUCGGGGUGCUACCCAUGAGCAGGCUGCAGCUGCACUGAAAGGAGCAGGGCAGAUAGUAACAAUCGUAGCACAAUACCAGCCGGAAGAGUACGCUCGAUUUGAGGCAAAAAUCCAUGACCUACGUGAGCAGAUGAUGAACCACAGCAUGAGUUCUGGGUCUGGCUCCCUGAGAACCAAUCAGAAGCGGUCACUCUACGUAAGAGCUAUGUUUGACUAUGACAAAAGCAAGGACAGUGGCCUCCCAAGUCAAGGACUCAGUUUCAAAUUCGGAGACAUCCUCCAUGUUAUCAACGCCUCUGAUGAUGAGUGGUGGCAGGCGAGGAGGGUCACUCAGGAAGGAGACAGCGAGGAGAUGGGAGUUAUACCCAGCAAAAGGAGGGUUGAAAGAAAGGAGCGUGCACGUUUGAAGACUGUGAAGUUUAAUGCAAAACCUGGGGUGAUUGAUGCAAAAGGGUCAUUCAAUGACAAGCGUAAAAAGAACUUCAUCUUUUCACGAAAAUUCCCAUUCUACAAGAGCAAGGAGCAGAGUGAGCAGGAAACAAGUGAUCCAGAACAACAUGUUUCCUCUAAUGCCAGCGAUAGCGAAAGUAGCUACAGGGGACAGGAAGACUGCAUCCUAUCCUAUGAACCUGUCACGAGACAGGAAAUUAAUUACACCAGACCCGUUAUUAUUUUGGGUCCUAUAAAAGAUCGGCUCAAUGAUGAUUUGAUAUCUGAAUUCCCUGAUAAGUUUGGAUCAUGUGUACCACAUACCACAAGACCGAAGCGUGACUAUGAAGUGGAUGGGAGAGAUUAUCAUUUUGUCACUUCGAGGGAACAGAUGGAAAAGGAUAUCCAGGAGCACAAAUUUAUAGAAGCUGGGCAGUACAAUGAUAAUUUAUAUGGGACUAGUGUGCAGUCUGUGAGAUUCGUAGCAGAACGGGGCAAGCACUGUAUACUUGAUGUAUCAGGAAAUGCUAUUAAACGGUUACAAGCUGCACAACUCUAUCCCAUUGCUAUCUUCAUUAAACCUAAAUCAUUGGAGCCACUAAUGGAAAUGAAUAAACGUCUUACAGAGGAACAAGCCAAGAAAACCUACGAGCGAGCACUUAAAUUAGAACAAGAAUUUGGAGAAUAUUUUACAGCUAUUGUCCAAGGAGAAAGCUUAGAAGAAAUAUAUAAUCAAUGCAAACUUGUAAUUGAAGAACAAUCUGGGCCUUUCAUCUGGAUUCCUUCAAAGGAAAAGUUAUAA